UCAUAUCAUCUCGAUAUCGGACUUGAUUCAGCUGCAAGGUUUAUAGAUUUCUACCUUUUAUAUGUAUGAGGCCUUUGAGGGUCAAACAACACUUGACAGAGAACAGGACAGCGUGGACAUGAGCCUGAUCAGGACCUAGAUGGAACCUGUUUCUGAGAUGUCAGCAACCAUGGCAUCUGGAUAUAGCAGUGAGGAAACCCUGUCGGUACUGAGAUCGUGUGACUUGACAACUGCGAUUUCUCGGGGGACGGUGAGUGAAAAGAUGCUAGAGAGAUGUGCUCAAGAGGGUCGUAUUGAUGUCCGAAACAAGGAAGGACAAACACCGCUGAUGCUCGCAUGUUUGACAGGUCUUGAGGAUGUUGUCAAGUUCUUGUUGACAAAUGGUGCCAACCCCAACUCCAAUAGUUUAACGAAGGGUAAUACCCCUUUGCAUUUUGCAUGCAUGGUAGAAGACACAGUAAAAGAGGAGUGCUUAUCUGGAAGAUGCUAUAGACCAGAAAAAUGGACGACCACCAAGGUAUCUAUUGUGAAGCUUCUUCUGAAGUAUGGAGCAUCUGUUCAGAAGAACCUAGAUGGAUGGACUCCAGCAUGUGUAGCUGCAUUUUACAUGUUCAAGGACAUCGUUGACUUCUUGUUGUUGAUUGAUGAUGGUAGUCCUUUGGAGGACAAGAUCACAGCUUCUCAAAUACUUGGAGUUUCACAAGCUACUCUUGAAAUGCCUGCUCUCAAAGAUGCAUUUCACUCUUUCCGCAGAGCCUUAGAGUUACAAGAAGAUGCAGGAGUUAUCACAGGCCAAGCUGAAACUUCUGAACUUGCAUUGUGUUUCUCGAAGCUCUCUUUGACAGAAUUUCACACAUUGGAGGAAAUCAAGUCAGUUGAAUCGUCUGAAAGUGCUUUACAGGCCCAUGCAUUCUUGGUUGGUGAGAGACUAUUUCCCCCAAGUCUCAAGCAGAGAUACCUCUACCCAUCCCUUACACACUUUGCAAGAUUUUUAAUAUUCCAUGAAGGCAUGGUAGAAGCAGGCUUUCAAAUACUCUCUGUACCCUUGGUUUUGAAAGAAGAGAAGAAUUGCAGCUAGGAACUGUUCUAGGUCACAUAGCCGAUAGCUUUCAAGUCUACUCUGUGCAUUAUGGCAAAAAAGGACCACAACCUCUUGUUGGUCAACAUGCAAGAGAUCUGCUGUGUGCCUAUGAUUCAGUAGUUAAUAAUGUACAUAUUGAUAGUCUGUUGGGGGUGUGUCAUUCGCUUAUGGAAAGGUUUGGUGACAUACUUUUUGCUGCAGCUUUUUUUGCUUGAGUUUUGAUGACUUGAAAUCCACCUUGGAAGAUGUAGAGAAGUUACUGAGGUUCAUUCGAGGUAGGAUGUUUAGGGAAAGGCAAGAUGAGUAUCUCAAGAUGCCUUCUGUAGCACACAAAAUCAUGACUCUUCUGCUGGAACUCUUAGACAGCGGAAUAGAUAGAAGCCACCUUCUGAUGGUAAAGUUUGUGUUCCUCAGGGUUCUACUCUCCGACAAUGCCUCUUACCAGGAUGAGUCUAGUGGCAACACGCUGCUGCACAUGGUAGCGUACUCUACAUAUUCAGAAAGAUAUCUUGAAUGUAUUCAGGAUCUUGCCCUGGCCUUUUUACGUCACGGUUGUCCACUAGAUUCAGUGAAUGAAUCGGGCGAAACCGCCAGAGACCUUAUGCGAUUGCUGCAUGGUAGAUUUGGGAACCCAAACAUCUAUCUCAUUCAGACAUUGGUGAGUCCACCAACCUCAGUAUUACGUUUGGAGGAAGCAGCUGCCAGAGUAGUCCUCCGACACAAGAUCAACUACCAAGACGUCCUUCCUCCGAGGCUGCGUGAGCUGGUGGAUGGUGGAACUGCGGAAUUAGAGUUAGAAUUAUUGAAAUUAUUAAAAACAAAUGAAGACAGUAGUGAAGACAGUGGUGAAGACAAUGAGUGAUUUAUAACUUUGUGUGUUUUGCAAGGAUGCACUGAAGGCAAAAAGAGACAGAAACCUAGAUUGACUGAUGGAAUUAGAAAGUUAACAGAUCACUCGUCUCAGCUCAACGUAUCGCUUUAGACUGAACACUCUUGAGAACCAUCAUCAACAGGCCUGGUCACGAAAGGUCUUGCAGGGCUCGAAUUUGGCGGUGGCCCGGGGCCAAUGGCCACCUGAAAUGGCGUCGGGCCACCUGAAAUCACCGACUAGGUGGCCCGGGUGGCCACCAAAAAAAUUAAAUUAAAUUAAAAAAAUAAAAUAAUUUUUUUUUUUUUUUUAAUUUUUAAUUUUUUUUUUAAAUUUAUCGAUGUACUUGGGCCCCGAGGGUUCUAGACGACCUUUUAAACGCAUAUAACAAUGUCUAGAACCCUCUCAAAAAAUCUUGUCCCUAAUCAAACUCGGCUGAUUUUUUUUUUUUUUUUUUAACCACAAAUUUGCCGAUUUUUAAAUAUCCGGGCCACCUGAAAUUCCAUUUGGCCACCCAGAUCUCCUGCUCAAGUGGCCCUGCUGGCCACCUCGACAAAAAGUUAAGGGCAAGCCCUGUCUUGUAAUAUGGAUUUCAUGUCACGAGAAAUUAGAUGAGUAAUUUUUACAGAUUUUGUUAGUUACUCUCAGAUCAAGUUCUGCAUUUUGAACCAUUUGUGCCACUAUGCAAACUCCUUUACAUUUUGAUACUUUAUGUUUUAAUGUGCCUUCUAUUACAAAUUGGUUUCUUUUUACUUUACUACCUGAUAAGCCAAUGCUACAACUUGUUCAGUCAUUGACUCAGGGUUCAAUGAAAAUGCUGUGUAACAAUUGUUGUAAUUACACCAUAAAAUUGAUGUACAGUCCUGUGUACAUGUAGGUGCGGUUCUAAAAGAAUGUACCCCGGUAUUUGACCUUUUUGGGGGGGGAGGGGUGUCCUUCUUGGCUUUGAGGCACGUACAGAUUCAGGAUUUUGUAAAAGAGGGCACAAAGAGGUAACAUAAAAAUUAUUUGUGUUCCUUUUUACCACAAAAUCUGCCAUAUUGCAUUCAUUUUCUAUGUGUGCCUCACUGAAAUUAAUUUUGAAUCAAUUAAAAACUGGAAGGAGUCCCUCCACCCUCCUAAUCACUACAUGACCUGUGAAGAGAGCACUUAUCCCAACAAAAAGGAGGGGCAAAAGUAAAGGAUAAACAAAGACUUAGAAGGGAAAACUAUUUUAUUUGUCACAAUUUGAACACUUCAAUUUCGUCGUCAGACUGGCGAAUGUAUUUUUCACUUUGUCAAACCUGAACUUGACAGCCUCAUGAAUGCAGUGUUUUUCUUGCUUUGAUUGAAACUGGUUGAAUCUGUGUAUUUUUACAUAUUUUGUUAUAUUCUUGUUUUGGAAUGUUGCAUUCAAUUCAUUAAUGUUCACCUUUCACUCUCAUAUUGUGAUAACUAUUGCUCAUUGUGCCUUUGAUAUUUCAAAAGAUCAUCAUAUUAUAGUGAAAUUUGUAAAAUCAUAUACAAUUUGCAUAUA